AUGACAAACUGUUUGGAUAAGAAGUUUCCACAUUCUCAGUGUUCAACAGAGUGUCAACCUGGUCAAAGAAAAGCCCUGAUACGAGGACAGCCUUCCUGCUGCUAUAUCUGUGUCCCAUGCGCAGACGGGGAGGUCUCCAAUAUCACUGAUAGUGAAAAUUGUCAAAAAUGCCCAGAUGAUCAAUGGCCUAAUGAGAAAAAGGAUUCAUGUGUUCUUAAGAUUAUAGAAUAUUUGUCAUAUAAAAAAGAUAUUACAGCCAUUUUCUUAUCAUUUAUGUCAGUUUCCUUGCUUUUAUUAACUGUCCUUGUUUUUGGAAUUUUUAUCUUCUUCUUUGAUACCCCUAUCGUCAAAGCUAAUAACCGUAAUCUCAGCUUCAUUCUCCUUACCUCCAUCAUGCUGAGCUACCUCUGUGUGUUUUUGUUCCUUGGCCGUCCUGUGGAUAUAACGUGUAUGCUCCGUCAGAUCUCCUUUGGAAUCAGCUUCUCAGUAGCUGUGUCUUCUUUGUUGGCCAAGACUAUCAUGGUUGGCAUUGCUUUCAAAGCUACUAAACCUGGCAGCAGCUGGAGAAAAUGGCUGAGCUCCAAACUGUCCAACUCUGUAGUUAUAAUUUUGUCAUCUACACAAGUUAUAAUUUGUGUGGUUUGGUUGACAAUAUCACCACCUUACCAGGAGUAUAACAUGCACUCUGAGCCAGGAAAGAUUAUCAUACAAUGUAAUGAGGGAUCUGCACUUGCUUUUUACUCCGUCCUGGGAUAUAUGUUUCUUCUGGCAGCGGCAAGUUUCAUCACAGCUUUCUAUACCAGGACAUUACCGGACAGCUUUAAUGAAACAAAGUUCAUCACCUUCAGCAUGUUGGUGUUCUGCAGUGUGUGGAUUGCCAUGAUCCCGGCGUAUCUCAGCACAAAGGGAAAACAGAUGGUGGCUGUAGAGAUAUUUGCCAUACUGGCUUCUAAUACUGGACUUCUAGGCUGUAUAUUUUUACCAAAAUGUUUCAUCAUCAUAUUUAGACCUGAAAUUAACACAAAAACAUAUUUGCUUGACAGAAACAAAAAGUAA